AUUUAUUAACACUAAUCCACCAUCGUAAGGCUUUCACGAUAUGCCUGGGCCAAGGCCUUGCAGUGGCAGAGUGGGCGCACGGGACAGUCAUGCUAUACUCCGUAGCAUGACCCCUGUUUGUGCAUGUUUACCACAGUACUCCGUACACACCGUACUACGGCUGGGACAGGCUGCAAACAAACAAACCCAGCACAUCUCAAGAACCGACAUCAACACCCCUGCCCACCGGAAACUGUGCAGUCCUCAGCUUAGCAGGCCAGCCUGUAUUAUUGAAUGCUUGAGCAGUCAUCACAUUGCCCAGCGCCACGCAAUUACAUCCAACAUGGCACCCCCGACGCCCCUCGCUGUCGCCACCUCAUCCGUCCAGCGCCUGGUCAAGGAGGAGGCCUACUACCACAAGGACCUCGCCAGCCAGCAGGCCCGCAUCGCCAAGCUCGAGAAGGACAUCGGCGAGAAAAGCGCCGACCUGGACGAGAACGCCGAAUACGUCCUUAAGCAGGAGAAACAAGCCGCCGAGGAGACUAGGAACGUCUUCGGCCCCUUGCGCAGCCGUAUUGCAGAUGCUGUCGCCAAGCUGGAGGAACAGAUCGCCAUCGGCGAGAGCAGUGGUGACGCCGGCGCGGAGGCUGAGCUGGUCAAGGCGAGGGAGGUACUGAAGCAGGGCCAGGACGCCCUCAAGACGGAGGCGUAGGGUCCUUUUCUGAGCGUCUCACAUGGCUCGGUCAUUGCGGCCCAGGCCUGAGCUUGAGUCGCGGCACUGGUGGGCAUCGCCUCGACACGCACGCAGAACUCCCAACGUCACUGUGAUCAGUCAGGUCGCGUCGUGACUGACAGGUAGACCAAACUGUUUCUGGAGGGAAGAGCUACAGUUUAAGAGAUCAUAAGGCUUCUUGGGUUCUGAAAAUCGACGUCAUCUCCAGGCAACCUUAGCUUAGAAGACUCCAGAAGGCAACUUAUCGACAGACCGAUGCGGCGAGGACUGGCCUCCGACAAGUGCCCCAGGACCCAAUAUGGAAGUGCUCGGAACGCGCACAGAGAGAAGAUGCAGGGCUCGCAUUGCCCUCACCGCGGUUGUAGAUAUACUGGAUCAUAGUUCAUGAGGUCGCAAAUAGGGGGCCAAUGAAGGGUGCCAAAAUGCGACGACCCCUUUUCCAAUAUCCGGAUGGCUGCAACAUAUACGGGUGGACGGGGGCAGGGACAAAUAAGGUGCUUCGCACGAGCUGAGUCUGCCACCAGCUUUGGACAUCGCCAGUUUUGAUUAUUCCACGGGGUAUCUUGCACAUAUUUAAACAGCCAACAGGACGUGCCAGACCACUUCGCAUCGUCCCUGUCCUCUUGCAUCCCAGUCCAGCCCUCGGUAGCAUCACGACGACGUAUCCAUCUUGUCCUCAACAUUCUGGCCGUCGACGGUAAUCUGCGGCGUGGAAGCCAGGUCCUCGCGUGGCGUCUCGCCCAUCUCGACAUCCUCACCCUCAGGCUGGCGCGGGUCGGGCUCGGCGCUCCUGGAAGGUGAUGGCUCCCGGCUCCCCGACCGGCUGCCAGACUGUGACAAGUUCCCCGAAAUCUCAGGUCUCGGCUUGAGCCCGUCCGCAGUGCUCGGGGCCGGGCUGUCCCGCAUCGGUGUCCGUCCACCCACAGACAUCGGCCGCGGGGUCGCAUCCCCACUAUCCCCGAGACCCUUCGGCACGGCGGACGCCACCCCGGUCCCGUCGGGUCGCGGCGUCGCAUUCCCACUUGCGCUACCAGGCCGUGGUGUGUGCCCAUCCGCCGCGCCCUCGCCCUCGCCGCUCCCGUCCUCGUCCAUGCCCUCCCGCCGCUCGACCUCCUCCUUCUCAUCGCGGAUCAGUCGGCGCAGCCUCAUGCUCUCGUCCAUGAUCCUGCUGAACUGUUCCCUCCUCUCCCUCCACGUGACGGCGUACUGCUCGCUCUCCGCCUCGAGCUGCCUGCACUCCUCCUCCAGCUUCUCCAGCGCCGCCGUCGCCUUGGGCCGCUCCUGCAGCGCCUUGUUGUCGUUGAUCUUGCGUGCCAGCGCGUCCCACUGUAGCCUCUGCGCCCGCGUGGCCUGUGCGGCGGCGAGCUGCACCCUCAGCUGCGCCGUGUUGUCCUUGACCUUGGCGCAGGUGUCGAGGAUGGUGCCCCGCUCGACGGCGUACUUGUCGCGCUGCUGGGCAUUGGCGGUCUGGAGGAAUUGCAGCCGGCCGAUCGUGUAGUCGAAGGCUGCAAAGUCAAACGUGAUGUCCUCCUUGAGCUGCGCAAAGUCGACUGCCUCGGAGGCGCUGCCGUCCUCGCCGUUGCUGGCGUUUGUGGCGUCGGGCGGAGGUGUGACCGUCUGUCGGAUCUUGGAGUUGGCGAGGCCAUUGAUGGUGGAGAGCCGCUUGGUGAUACGCUUGAAGGGCCGCUCUUCAACGCUGAAGAGGCGCGACUUGUGGAUCUCGUUCUCCUCCUCCGGGUCGAGGAGCUGCCAGGACGACAUGGCUGCGGCUUGGUGAGAGCUGUUGUCGGGUUCGAUGGUCGGCCGUGUUAGAAUUUGGAUUGAGUAUCCGAGUUUGUUGCAGCAGUGUUACUGAGAUUGGAAUUGGUGGCCUUCAGUUGCCCUUAGGAAAGACCAGAGGUGCUGCAGUAGACUGCUCCUGCCUGCAUGAGACAGCGUGACGAAUUGCAAAUGAGCAAGGUGAAAUCCGACGUUUUGGCAAACAGACCGACGGUGGCAGGCAAACAGGCGCUAGAAGAGCUACAGAUCUGCCACCAGG